CUGGGGGUGUCUGAGACACCGGGCCACGUGAGUUUCAGCGAGAAUUUUGCGCGCCAAAAUGCAGUGAAGAUGAUGGCGGUGAGGCUUGCAGCGGAGCUCCUCUUCAUCUUCUUUAUUGUGCAAGCACGGGUGCAAGCGGCCUCCUCGCAGGCAGUAGGGGUCGUGGGAGGGGUGGUGUACCUCAGCCCCCCGCCGCAGAGCCAGAAUACCACCUACCACCAAAGCCACUGGCGCUGCGGCACGUCCCUGAAGGUCGCCAUCCACGAGAACGGGACGGCGGUCCGCUACCCCAACGGCCCUUUCAAGGGUCGCCUGUGGCUCUUCUCCAACAAUACGCUGAAGAUCAGCGGCUUGCAGAAAAACGACAGCAACAUCUACUGGCUGUACCUGGAGGAUGAGGUGGGCAACGAGCACACCGACAGAGUCUCCCUGAAGGUGUAUGAUGUGGUCCCCAAACCUACCGUGCGUGCCAUAGUGAACGAGGACACCCCGGAGCAGUGCGAAGUCACCCUGGAGUGCUCGGUGCCGUUGGAAGACGUGACCUAUGAGUGGAUACCCCCCAGGGGGGUCAUGCAAACGACCUCUAACAGCACCCUGCCCCUCUCCUUCAACCCCUCGCUGGAAAUCUACACCUGCAGGGCCAGCAACCCCAUGUCCUCCAGCAGCGCCCAGCUGACCCGCAGGCACCCCUGCUCCUGGACAGCUGAGUCGUCUGCUGUCACCACCGCCACCAAGCCCAGCAUGCUGAUGUUGCUGGGACACCUCCUCCUCCUCUUCUUCGCUCUGCUUUAAUGACACGCUGCGGCUGAUGUUGUCUGCUAUGGGGCUAGGACCUGGAUGAAGCCCCCAGAUGGCAAGGCCCUUGCAACGGCACUUUGAGAACCCCAGCAAUGCGAAUCACCGAAUGGACAUUUAGCAGCUCAAAAAUGCUCCCAGCCGUAGCUCUGAGACCUGAGCCGAGCCUUUCCUACAGGUUCCCCAUGGCACUGGGCAUCCUUGGCUCUCUCCUGGUGUAUGCCAGCCACUGGGGGGGGCAAUGCCCUUCGGGGACUGUUGUGUGGUGUGGUUAUGAGGGACAGUACACAGCACGUGACACUUUCAGGACAAGUGCAGGAUACGGCCAGUACAGCCCCACAUCCAGUCGUGGAGCACCGGAGCAUGACCAUGAGAUGGUUAAGGUUGACUUUUCUCAGCCCAGGAAGGCUCAAUAGUGGAACCAUGUAGUAGACGUACAGUAAAUUAUUUCCUUUCCACGCCAGA